AUGAUGAUUAAACGUGUAUCAAUGACAUCACCUACUGAGGAGUUAUUUGUUUGGGGUUCAUGCGAAGAAGGCCAACUAACUUCAGAUAAUACCGAUGCAUGUCAGCUAUCGACCCCACAAUCUUUGAAUGUCGACAACCUGCCUGAAUUCAUACAAAUCAGCUGUGGCUACAAACACACGGCGUUUUUAAGUGUUGAUGGGGAAGUGUACAGUUGUGGCUGCAACGAAUUCCAGCAGUUAGGCCAUCAACAGCCCAGUGGACGGUUAGGCAAAAUAAGUGUGUUAGAACAAUACAGGAUAACAAGCAUUGCAUGCGGAGCUUAUCAUAAUGCCGCUAUUACGUAUAAUGGACUUCUUUUUACAUGGGGCUGUAAUUCAAAUGGACAACUCGGUCGAGAAGGUGAUAACACUGGAGUCAAAUUGGUUCGUGCGUUAUCUAAUUACAAAAUUGUUCAGGUUAGCUUAGGCAUAGAACACAGUCUUGUGUUGACAGAUACUUCUUGUGUCUUUGCAUUUGGCUCAAAUUCCAAAGGUCAAUUGGGUUUGGGUUGUGUUAAUAACCAGCCAGUUGCCAUACCACAACAAAUCCUAUGUCUUUCAGGUUUGCCUAUUCGACGUAUAGUAGCCGGAGGUUGGCACAGUUUUGUACUGACUGUUAGCGGUUCGCUUUAUGCAUGGGGAUCUAAUAAAUAUGGUCAACUUGGUCUAACUUAUUUUGGAUCUUCGCCAAGUGACCAGAGUGAAUUAUCAUGGAAAUAUUCCAAUUCAACCAGUGGUGCAGACGAUAGGGAAUAUAGAAAUCGUUCUGACUCACCGGAGGAUUCAAGUCGAAGUAACGUACCUGUUCCAACUUCUGUCAAAUCUUUACAGCGUCAUGAAAUAGUCUAUUUGGCAUGUGGUGAGCAACAUACAGUUGCGCUUACACGAGAUGGCGGUGUUUUCACUUUUGGUGCUGGAAGACACGGUCAAUUAGGCCAUAAUGAAUCAGUCUACGGUAUAUCUGUACCUCGUAAAGUGACGGAAUUUAUGGGUAAUGUUGUCACUCAAAUAGCCUGUGGUCGAUUUCAUACAAUGGCGUUAAUUCCUAGGAAUGGUCGAUUAUUUGCAUUUGGUCAAGGCAGUAAUGGACAGUUGGGUGUGGGUGAUACUUCAAAUCGCUUAGUUCCUUUUCCAGUUAAGGGUCCUUGGGUGUCAUCUGACAAGUGGAAUGAACAGAACUCUAAUGGUGAUGCUUUGUUAUCUGGCAAACCGUAUGUUAUCCGACGAAUAUUCUCAGGGGGUGAUCAUACUUUUCUACUAGCCAAGUUGUAUCAGGCCGGAGAGGACGUAGAUAUAGAUGAUUUUCGCAAUUGGAAUCGUUUAUCACUGCAGUCUAUUGUGACAGUUUGCCCCGAACUUGUAGGGCAACUUCGAAAUGCUCUCACUGCACUACCUCUUCCAGCUCCAGUUUCUAGAUCUGUAUCUUUGUCUUCAUCGCGUUCAUUGACACCUUCACUCAGUUCCACAUCCAAUGAACCAAUAGCUACUGUCGCUCAAGUUGAAUCAGUUUUCUCCUCUUUGGGUUGUUUGUCAGGUAGUUGCCUGCAAGAAGGGGAGCAGAAUGAUCAUUUCCGAACAGGUCGAGAAGAUUUUGGUGUCGAUUUAGAUAUGGCUCACAAAUUACAGUGUCAAAUUUUUCACAUUCUACCAAGAAGGGAUUUACGACGCCUGAUUAAUAAAUUAAUGGACAAUGUCUUGAUUGCAUCACGCAAUAACUAUCCAAGUAUAGAAUGCCUUCGAGGUUUGCUGUUCCUUGCUGUAUCUGACCUAAUGAAUAUGCCUAGAAAACCAAUCAAUGAUGAUUCGAUUAUUACAAUGCAUAGUUUAGAUGCGUCAUCGGGACUUGGUACAGAAGUCGAACCGUAUCCUGUUUUAAGCGCGGGUUUCUCUCUUCCAGGUCUGGUUUUAAGUGCCUACACUGUCGCUGUCAACAAACUUGACCCUGCUCCUUCGAAAAUACUAGACCGAUGGUUUACAAAAGUGCAACCACGUUAUCUGAAAAAAUUAGUAUUGAAUCUCAACAAUUUAAUUUCAUACAUACUGGACGCGCAACCGCCAUCUGCAGAUAGUCAGCGCAAAUUGAAAGAAGAAAGUAUUCGCCAAGCACUGGAACUCAUGAAGCGCCUACACAGGGUGAAUGAAAAUCAUCCGAAUCCAAUUUCUUAUAAAAGUUUCUACCUCCCAUCGUUAAGAGAUAAAAUCAAUAUUGGCAGUACAUUCGUAAAUUGGUUGCAAGAAUGCAAUUCCGGUGGAAUGCGCUUUUUCUCGUUUUGUGAUUAUCCGUUUGUAUUUGAUGCUGCAUCAAAAGCUGAGAUGUUGAAUAUUGAAGCUCGUUUAACUAUGCAACAAGCUAUGGCUCAAGCCCAACAGAAUGCUAUUUUUCAGACUGUCAUUUCUCCAUUAAUCGGUGCACCUGUAUUUGGCAUAUCACAACCAUAUUUUACAAUUGUUGUUCGGCGCGAUAACAUUAUCCAGGAUACUUUAACUCAUCUAACAAUGGCUAAUCCAGCAGAUUUUAAAAAGUUGUUGAAAGUAAAAUUUGAAAAUGAAGAAGCUGUGGACGAAGGCGGUGUGAUGAAAGAAUUUUUCUUGCUAGUUAUGCGAGAUUUACUCAAUCCUGUAUACGGUAUGUUUCGGUGUUAUCCAGAAUCGCGAAUGUUGUGGUUCAAUGAAUCAACAAUGGAAGGUGAAGGUGUCUUCACAAUGGUUGGUAUAUUGUGUGGUCUGGCUAUAUAUAAUUCUAUCAUUGUCGAUUUAAGCUUCCCACUGGCUAUGUUUCGUAAACUGUUGGGUGAAACACCGGGAUUAGAUGAUUUAAAGGAAUUAGAUCCUAUUGUUGGUCGUUCACUACAACAAAUGCUUGACUAUGAUGAACCGGAUUUAGCAGAUGUAUUUUGUCUGAACUUCAGUGUUACAAUUGAUUACUUCGGUGUCAAUAAAGUCAUUCCCUUGAUAGAUAAUGGUGAGGGUGUGACUGUUACACAAGAGAAUAAAGCUUUAUAUGUUGAAAAAUAUGUAGAUUAUAUUUUUCAAAAGUCCUGUGAAACAUCUUAUACAGCAUUCGAAAAAGGAUUUCAUCAAGUUUGCGGUGGUUAUUCUUUGAAAUUGUUCCGUCCUCCAGAAUUACAGGCACUUGUUGUUGGGUCAGAAGCAGUUAACUGGGAGGAACUUCGUCGGAAUACAACAUAUCAAGGUGUAUAUUGGGAUAGACAUCAGGUGAUUGAAUGGUUUUGGGACGUACUACUCUAUGAUUUUACGGUGGAAGAAAAGAAGAAGUUUCUGCGUUUUCUUACUGGAUGUGAUCGAGUACCGAUUGUUGGUUUCAGUGGUGUAAAAAUUACAAUUCAACCAAAUAAUAGCGGUGAUGAUUUCCUACCUGUUGCACAUACAUGCGCCAAUCUCCUGGAUUUACCGCAGUACAGUUCUAAAGAAGUAUUGGCUAAGAAAUUGUCAAUGGCUAUUCAACAAACCGAAGGAUUCGGUUUAGUUUAA